UUUGGUUUGUCGAUGAAUGGUAAAAAACUAACUGUUUGGUCAUUCUUUUAUAUAAGAUGACUCUUCUUCAACAAAUAAAUUGUGCCAAAACUCUCGAAUUUCUAACAUUGCCUAUAAUUUGUUUCAACAAAAAAGAAGAAAUAUGAUAACUCGCCACACUACCAAAGAAGAUAUUGCAAUUGUUGGAGCGUGGCUCACGUCACAAAGCAUUACGAAGAUCAAAGGCAUUAACGUUGAUGAAAGUAAUGAUUCUCGACGAUGAUUAUUAUUGAGAGUCUCCAAUGACGUGGCAAGGAGAUUUUUGGGCGAUUUUUUAGGGAAAAUUAUUUCUUCGCUUCUUCCAUGGCGGCCGACAAUCUUCUUCCUAGCAAUCCAUCUUCGAUUAGUAAUAAGAACAGGAAAUCAUCUACUUCUGUCAAUAACCCUGAAUUCAUUAUUGGGUCGAAUGAAUUUCUCCUGGGUGUUUCAGGAGCUAAAGUAAUUAUCCCAGGAACUAAGAAUAGUAGCUACAUCUCUUGCUUAUCAAAUCCGUCGAUCAAUUCACCUUCGUCGUCAAUUAAGCUAGUGUAUGAAGAACCAAUUUCAGAGGACGAUUCAUCUUUUGCUGCUUUUACUUCAGAUCCAAUUCCCAUGAUUAAUGGUACAUCCAAAGAAGUAGAAGAGGGAACUGAAGUUGGAGGGAAAACAUCUAUUCCUUUGGCAACCGGCGAAGCAACAUUGGUGGUGAGUCAGUUGGAUGUAGUUGAUGCUUCGAAGCAGUGGAAAACCUUCUUCAAAAGGAAAAAGAAUGUUGGAAGAAAGGAAUAUUUAAUGCAAGCUCCUACUUGCAGCUCAAAUUCUUUUGAAGCUUUGUCUGAAGAACAAGAACGUGUAAGGGUGGAAGACAGACAUAUUGAUACAGAAAAUAGAGAGGUGGGUAUAGAAGAAGAAGAAUUUACAAAUGAAGAUGGAAAUUCUUCAGAAGAAGUCCCGGUAGAAGGUGAGAUUGUAAUUCAGGUAAACCCCAACAACAUCCUUAAUUCGGAAUUACCUUUUCCAAUCUUUAGUGGGGAUGAAAACGGGAUGGAAGUGGAUGCUUUAAAAGAUGAUAAUGAAUCAGUGAAGACACAUGGGGUGGAAAGUGUUUUGAAAGAUAACCCUAUCAGGGCCCUUGAGUCUAGCACUCAAAAUGUGAAUGCUCUAAUCAAGUUCUCGGCUUUGCUAGGAGCACCUCGCGGUGGGUCGGAGAAACAAAGAAAAGAUAUGUUCACAGAACUAGCUCUUGAGUACCAAAAUAGGAAUCCUGUGGUUGAAAAGAGCAGAAAAGCGCCUAAGAUAGAAAAAUAAAUGAAAAAGCUUGGAGUUAAAAAAGAUUGUAACAAUGAAGCUCUUGGUAGAGGUCUUAGAAAGUCUGCAAAAAAGAAACGGUGAUGUUUUGCCGUAGGUAUUUCGUCUUUUGGAGUUGGUUGUGUUGAUCCUUUCCUUCUUGGGAUCUUGUAAGCCAUUUUUGGUCUAUGUCUUUAUUUUUUGUAUGCCCUUUUUUUUUUUUUUUUUUUUCCUCUUUUCUUGUUCAUGAUGUUCUUGAUUAA